AUGAGCUCAUACUUCUCGUCUCUCACCUCCUCGUCUGCUAUCUCCGGCCUGGGCAACCGCCUCACCAAUCUCCGCCGCGCCAUCACCCUAGGCGACGAGGGCGACGACCCCGACAACGAAGACUGCUCCCACAUCUCCAACGCCCUCCGAGCCUACUACACUGAAAAAGGCCGACAGUUCCCACCAUGGCUACCCCAAGACCCUAAAGCUCCAGCCCCAGCACCGUCACGCACAAUCGCAACCUCCCAACAUCCCUCUGGCCAAGCACCCGCCCAAGGCCGGAGUGGCGGUCUAGGUGAUCUAUGGGGAGAUUCCGGCUCACAGCAAAAUCUACAAAACCCCCAAACCGCCAGUCUGCGUCGCGGCCGCGGAGGCAUGGCACCGCCUCUUAAUUCCGCCCACAGCGCGCCGUCGGGCUCGUCGCCGUCGCCCACCCCACCACUCACACAAUCACAGUCCUACUCGCCUGCCCAUGGAUCAUCCGGAAGUCUGCACCCUAGCGGUGCACGACCUCUGCCAAGUCAACGCUCGGGAUCCUCGCAGUCUUCGCAAAGUCGGCCGAACCUUGACCGUGCGGGUUCCGGUGGUGGUUCAGCCCAAGAUCGCCUCAGGGCGAGGUUGCAGGGUGGAAGAUCGCCGAGUCCCAAUGUUGACCCAAGUGUUCGGAAGCCGGUCGGAUUGCCCCGACGGUAA